GGGGCCUGGGGGCUCUGCACCGGCACCGGCCGCCCCUCGGGGGGUUCAGCAGCGCAGGGCGAGGCCUCCAAGCACAGGCAUGACCGAGAAGGAAGUGCCAGAGCCAGCGGCUUCACCGGCUUCAGGUGGGAAACCCAAGAGCCGGCUGCAGAAGCUGAAGCAACUUUUCCAACGAAAGCCGAAGGAGGAGCCGGUGCCGGAGCCGCAGCCCAACGGGGAGCUGGUCAGCCCCUCGGGGGGCCCCAUCUACUACAUCUAUGAGGAUGAGGAAGAGGAGGAAGAGGAGGAGGAGCCCGAGCCCCCUCCUGAACCCGAGAAACUCGUCAAUGACAAACCCCACAAGUUCAAAGAUCAUUACUUCAAAAAACCCAAGUUCUGCGAUGUUUGUGCCCGGAUGAUCGUCCUCAACAACAAAUUUGGCCUGAGGUGCAAGAACUGCAAAACCAACAUCCACCACCACUGCCAGUCCUACGUGGAGAUGCAGCGCUGCUUCGGCAAGAUCCCCCCCGGGUUCCGCCGGGCCUACAGCUCCCCCCUCUACAGCGACCAGCUCUGCGUCAAGGACCAGCUCUCGGACAACAGGAGCGACCCCGUGUUCGAGACGCUGCGGACGGGCGUCAUCAUGGCCAACAAGGAGCGCAAGAAGGGGCAGGACGACAAGAAGAACCCCUUGGCUGCGAUGAUGGACGAGGAGCCGGAGGCCGCGAAGCCGGCGGGGAGCAAAGCCGAGGGCGGUGCCUCCGAAGGGGACAAGAAGGCUGAGAAGAGCCCGACAGAUGACAAGAACAAGAAGCCGCAGCCGGGGGCGUUCCUGCAGUCCCACUAUUUCGUGGCACUUUAUCGCUUCAAAGCCCUGGAGAAGGACGACCUGGACUUCCCGCCGGGGGAGAAGAUCACGGUGGUCGAUGACUCCAACGAGGAGUGGUGGCGGGGGAAGAUCGGUGAGAAAGUCGGGUUUUUCCCCCCCAACUUCAUCAUCCGGGUGCGGGCGGGCGAGCGGGUGCACAAAGUGACCCGUUCCUUCGUGGGCAACCGGGAGAUCGGGCAGAUCACGCUCAAGAAGGAUCAGAUCGUGGUGCAGAAGGGGGAGGAGGUGAACGGUUACGUCAAAGUCUUCACCGGCCGCAAAGUGGGGCUGUUCCCUGUGGACUUCCUGGAGGAGAUCUGAGGGGGCUGCGGGGGGGGGAGACCCCCGGGAUGGGGACGGGGGGGCCCCAGGAGGGGGACAGAGGGACCCCGGGAUGGGGGGGGGUCCUGGCUGCGGUGCAGGGACGGGGGCAGGGACAGGCACCCCCAUCUCUGCCCCCCCAGCAGCAAAGGGGUCCCCGGAGUGGACUGACCCCCCCAGGACAGGGAUGGGGGGCGGGAGGUGCCUCUGGGGCUGUUCCCUCGGGGGGGGGGGUUGGUGCCUUCAGACACUGGGUGCGAGCAGGGGGCACCCCCGGACUCGCUGUGGAGCCCCCCAGUCUCGGGGGGGGAUGCUGGGGAGGGGGUCGGGGGGGUCCUGCCCCGCUGCUCCACGUGUGUCACCCGGGUUUGGCAAUACAGGCUGUGCCCACCCCCC